AUGGCGUCCUCGUCGCUUUCCUGCUUGCAGCAAGCCUCGGCCUGCACGACUGCCAGGCUGGCAAACCUAUCCAGCUCACGCAGCUGCCACGUCACCAGCCAGCGCCUCUCAUUCCCCUCCCUCGCCUGCUCCAGCACCUCCGCGUCUCGCGCCGCAACCGGCGGCGCGGUGCGCGUGAGCGCGGUGAAGAAGCAGGAGGAGCUGGCGGAGAUCCGCGGGAUGGGGACGGCGGAGAUCGAGCAGGCGGUGGUGGACCUCAAGGGCGAGCUCUUCCUGCUGCGCGCCAAGCAGGCCACGCGUCUCGAGUUCAAGCCCAGCGAGUUCGGCCGCAUUCACAAGCGGAUUGCACGGAUGCUGACUGUGAGGCGGGAGAGGGAGUUGGAGCAGGGCAUUGGGAAGAGAGAGUCGCGAAAGCUUGACCGAGCAUGGAAGAAAAGCAUUGAUCCUGGCGCGUCGAGAGGACAGAAGAGCAAACUUGCUGCAGCGCUCAAGAUCCUCCUUAUCGGAGACAGUGCUGUGGGAAAGAGCAGUCUUCUCCUCCGUUUUUCAGAGGACCAAUUUCGGAGCGACCUCACAUCCACAAUUGGAGUUGGCUUCUUGAUUCGCACGACCGAAAUCGAUGGUGAACCGGUGAAGAUGUCUAUAUGGGAUACAGCUGGGCAGGAGAAAUAUCGCACCAUCACUGAAGCCUACUAUCGGAACGCUCACGGUAUAAUUCUCAUCUACGACAUCACCGACCCAUUAUCAUUCAACAAUGUGCGAGGGUGGAUCAAGAGCAUUGAGGAGCAUUCGACGUGCGGGGUGCGUGUGGUUCUUGUCGGCAACAAGGCUGACAUGGACGACCGAAGGGUUGUAAGCAAAGAACAAGGGCAACAACUGGCUAACGAGUUCAAUGUCAACUUUUUUGAGACUUCUGCUAAAGCGGAUAUCAAUGUUGAGGAGGCAUUCCAGUGCAUCGCCAAGGAGAGCAAACAACUAUACGACAUGAUCCACUCUCAGCAUCGCGAGGUAUUAACGUGUAUCAACCUCGAACAAAAAUCAACACCAUCCCUUACCAGUUCUACUUGUUGUGUUUGA